AUGAAUAAUAUGUGGCGUUCGGUAGCUCGUUAUGCUCGUCAAAAAAUUGUUCAGCACGAUCCAGAGCAAUUGGAGGAGAUCUUGCAGCUUUGGUAUUUGCGUCUGCUUGCUUUGACGAAACUGGGAUUAUACCAGCUGGCAUCGGCUGAACUUGAUAAACUCGGAGAUCUUAAACGACCUGAAUUGACUUAUCAGUAUCAUGCCGAUCUGUACCCUAACAAGCAUGGUUGUAUGGUUCCUUUUGAGUUACGAGUAUUGUGGGCUUGCUUACCGGCAUUGAUGAAGCAUCCGUUGCUCACAUUAGAAAGGAUUACUAUGCUAGCUGUGCACUGUAAAAAGAUGCAAAAGACGGAUGCUUCUCAAGUAAAUAUUUGGCAACGUCGCGAGGUCCAGAUGUACUUGGUGUUAAGUACACGAUUUAUGGAAAUGAAUGAUUAUACGGGCGCUGCUUCCACAAUGGAAAUGAUUCUUGAUAAAUAUGCGACAGCAGAAAAUGGCGAACAAGAUAUCGACAUCUUGUCAGGAUUAGCAAGAUUGUAUCUUCAGUUGGGUGAUAUUUCCUCGGCACAGAAUCUGUAUACUCGUUUAGAAUCGCAGUAUCAGGGAAAUGACGCUCCCUCUGUGACUGAAUGCAUUCAAAUCAAUAGAGCGUUGCUAUGCAUUGCUAAAGCUGACUGGAAGCAGGCACGAGAUAUUCUUCUGGAAAUCUACCAAACUAAUAAGGAGAAUCUACUAGUCAUGCAUAAUCUCGCUGUAUGUGAAGUUUAUAUGGGCAACUUAAAUAAGGCGAUCGCAAUUCUGGAGACACUUACUACGGAUAACCCCACGUCAGCCGGCACUUGCGAAACUGCUUUAAUGAAUAUGUGUACAUUGUAUGAGUUGCGGUACGCUAAUCCAACCGAUAAAAAGGUGGCCGUUAUGAAGCAAGUGGCACGCUGGAUUGGUGAUUCAUUUCAGAGCAACUGCUUCAAAUUACAAUAA